AUGUUGCCAUUGAGCAAAAUGCAGCUUGUAGUUCUCGCCGUUGUGCUUAUUCUACCGUCUUUUCUAAGCGGGGAAUCCUCCUCUUAUAUCACCGAAGUGUCCGACGCAUGCGGGUUCUAUAUUCAAGAAGGCGGAGACCGUGAGUGCUCUGCGCUAGGAACUGAAUACAAAACCUUUGAUCCAAAAACAUGCACCAUGUUAUGCGAAAAUGGACAAUGGCGGAAGUUUCCAGAAGGGGUUUGCUCGAGCGGUAACGUGGUCUGCACUCAAGAAGUGAAUAAAACGCUUCACCAAUGGUUAUCGAUUACAAAAAAAAAAGAGAAACUGAAAACAUUGAGCUUUUCUUCCGGAAAGAAAUAA